AUGACCCUCUCGCCGGCUCUGCGGACACAUGAUGCCGAGACUUUUGGCAUCGCAGGAGGCGUGGACCCCCGACAGAGACAGCCCCUGGCCCCGGGACAAUCUAAUCUGGUGAUUGACAGUGCAGUGGUGCCAGCUGCCUGCACACAGUGGGACGUCGAUGAGAUCAAUGUCCUGGGUGUGAUGCACCACGCGCACCUCGUGGGGAAACGCUUGAAGGUCGAAGUGACCCGCAAUGGCGAGUACAUCGGUGAGAUGCGACGAGAGAAGGUCUACGACUUCAAUCACCAAUCCUUGGAAGGCUCAGCGGUGAAGAAACUCAAGAAGGGAGAUGAACUGACAUUGACCUGCAGCUAUGACACCUCUUCCAAGACGACCGAGACCAAGUUUGGUGACUUCACGCAGGAUGAGAUGUGCCUGGCCUAUUUCCUGCACUACCCAGCGCAGACUCCCAGACGCGCCGUCUUCCUCAGAGCGAAUGGAAAGCAACGCGUGACUCUCUGUCCUCAAGGCACUGUUGGUGCAGGCCAGAUGAUCCUGCGGAGCCAUUUUUCAGUAACAGUGAUCCAUAAAUGA